AUGAUUGAACAAUUGGUGACAAUCCGCAAUGCGCUCGGUUUGCAUGCACGUCCCGCCGGUGUGCUGUCUCAAGCGGCAAAUCAAUUCUCUUCCAACAUCUACAUCCAAAAAGGGCUGAUGAAAGUAAAUGCAAAAAGUAUCAUGGGAAUCAUGAUGUUAGCAGCAAGUCGCGGCACUCAACUGAUGAUUAGGGCAGAAGGGACCGAUGAGGAAGAGGCUGUUGAAGCACUAUCAAAAUUGGUUGAAAGCGGCUUCGAUGAGACGGACUAA